GACGAUUAUGGUGCCAAAGAUUACCGUGAUGUUAUGCAAUUAAAGCCAGAUCACAGGACAAGACCAUUAUGGGUGGCUCCUGAUGGCCAUAUCUUCUUAGAAGCUUUUUCACCAGUGUAUAAGCACGCACAUGAUUUCUUAAUUGCUAUUUCAGAACCAAUAUGUAGACCUGAACAUGUUCAUGAAUACAAGCUAACUCCAUAUUCAUUAUAUGCUGCGGUAUCAGUUGGUCUUCAGACGGAAGAUAUAAUCGAAUAUUUAAGGCGUCUUAGCAAGGCUUCUAUACCUGAUGGUGUCAUUGAAUUUAUCAAGCUAUGUACUGUUAGCUAUGGAAAAGUGAAAAUGGUUCUAAAGCACAAUCGCUAUUACGUUGAAAGUUCUCAUCCGGAGAUUAUUCAGAUGUUGCUAAAGGAUCCUGUUGUACAGGCGGCAAGAGUCAAAGAAGGCCAAAUAAAUGAUCCAAGCGAAUCAGAUGAAACAUUAGACCCUAAGGAAGAAAAUAUACCCAGCGACAUAUACGAUUACCUGGAUAAAAUUGACCGGGAUGAAGAAGACAUUGAAAUCACUAAAACGAUAUCAUUUGAAAUCAAUUCGGACGAUGUCGAACUUGUACAAAGAAGAUGCAUCGAAAUGGAAUACCCUUUAUUAGCAGAAUAUGAUUUCAGAAAUGACACUGUCAAUCCAGAUAUUAGCAUUGACUUACGGCCAACAACGAUAUUGCGACCUUAUCAAGAAAAGUCUUUACGUAAAAUGUUUGGCAAUGGUAGAGCACGUUCCGGCGUUAUUGUUUUGCCAUGCGGUGCUGGUAAAACGCUUGUAGGUGUUACAGCAGCCUGUACUGUGAAAAAGAGAUGUUUAGUGUUAUGUACCUCAGGUGUUGCAGUAGAGCAGUGGAAGGCACAGUUCAAGCUGUGGUCCACCAUUGAUGAAUCCUUAAUAUCAAGAUUUACUUCGGAUGCAAAAGAUAAGCCGUCUGGAUGUAGUGUAGCAAUCAGUACUUAUUCUAUGGUUGCACAUACAACGAAAAGGUCAUGGGAAUCGGAAAGGGUAAUGGAAUAUUUGCAAGGGCAAGAAUGGGGUCUUAUGAUACUGGAUGAGGUGCAUACCAUUCCUGCAAAACAAUUUCGGAGGGUUUUAACAGUGGUCCAUGCACAUUGUAAAUUGGGCUUGACGGCAACUUUAGUUAGAGAAGAUGAUAAAAUUCAGGAUCUUAAUUUUUUAAUUGGUCCUAAAUUAUACGAAGCUAACUGGAUGGAAUUGCAAUCAUUAAACUUUAUAGCAAGAGUACAGUGUGCUGAGGCAUGUGUUUGGUGUCCUAUGUCUCCGGAAUUUUACAGAGAAUACUUAACGACUAAAACCCGUAAACACAUGCUAUUUUAUGUUAUGAAUCCUAACAAGUUCCGAGCCUGCCAGUUCUUGAUCAAAUACCAUGAAAGACGCAACGAUAAAGUAAUUGUUUUUUCUGACAAUGUCUUUGGCCUAAAACAUUAUGCUAUAGAACUUGGAAAGCCAUACAUCUAUGGUCCAACGGCACAAAAAGAAAGAUUACAGAUUUUACAGAAUUUCCAGCAUAAUCCUCUUGUUAAUUGCAUAUUUAUAUCGAAGGUUGGAGAUAAUUCCUUCGAUCUUCCGGAAGCUAAUGUAUUAAUCCAGAUUUCUUCUCAUGGUGGCUCAAGGAGACAAGAAGCUCAGCGUCUUGGGCGUAUUCUUAGAGCAAAAAAGGAUUCUGCAACAGAGGAAUACAAUGCAUAUUUUUACUCCCUUGUUUCUCAGGAUACACAGGAAAUGUACUUUUCUUCGAAACGGCAACGGUUCCUCAUUAAUCAGGGAUACAGCUUUAAAGUAAUCACUAAACUGUCAGGAAUGGACGAUGAAAAUCUGCUAUAUACUGAAAAAAAAGAUCAACAUCAGUUGUUACAAAAAGUUCUAGCAGCUAAUGAAACCGAUGCGGAAGAAGAAAAAGUAGCUGGUGACACUUAUAGCACAAGUAGCAAAUCACAGGUUGUCAGGCGCACUACUUCAAUGGCGUCGCUGUCUGGAGCAGAUGAUUUAGUAUAUCUAGAAUAUAAUAAGCCGAAACAAAGGCAUCCUUUAUUUAAGAAAUUUAGAAAAUGA